AUGGACCAACCUAUGGAUAUCGACCUAUCACUUGACGAGAUAAUCGCCAAGAAGCGAGCGGAAAAAAGGACUUCUAAUCGACACGACCCAUACAAACGACCCACUAAUGCAUCUCCAGCUCCUCCUCCUGGUCAACCCAGGAAUUUGUCAGCCGCUGUCUCUUCCUCGGCCAGUCCUGUCAAAUCGACUUUGACCACUCUUAGCUUCACCGAUAUCAAGUCCAAAUCAUUCGAUCCAUCAUUUCCUUCCUUCGCUUAUCAACCCCUCAAUCCUAUCGCACCAAACUUCAAGAUCCCUUCUCGAGAGAUAUCCGUAGGGAUUUUCCCGAGAGAUAUCACCCCGAAUCAAAUUAGAGAUAUGAUCCAAUCUACGGUCGGACCCGUGCAGGAAUUGAGGUUGGAUAGUAAAGGUGUAGCGUGGGUGAGGAUGUUGAGGUUCCAAGGCUGGGAAGUAUGGAGUUUUCUCAAUGGGAAGAUUUUGGAUGGAACUCAAAGGCUUGUCGUUCGAGUAUAUCCUGUUCGGCAUGUUCCUGUAUCUCAUGGCAAGAUUGGACAUAGAAGGAAAUCCGGGUGA